GAUCCGUCAGCGCAGGUGGGUAACUUACAGUAAACUACUUUUACCCUUCUUGUGACUUUAAUGCCUAAACUACUAGCGAUAUUGUAAAGUACUAAACAAAACACACGUGUCCGACACCUCAGCAGGUGGGCAGUUAUGAUCCCUGUGAAUGAGUUUCGCAGCAUCACCUCAGUUCAAAACCCUCAGUUCAGAGUCCUGAAGCCCUGGUGGGAUGUUUUGUCUGAAUAUCUGGCCAUUGCCAUGCUAAUGAUCGGAGUGUUUGGCUGCACGCUUCAGCUGACUCAGGACAAGAUUUCCUGUCUGCCAAAUCGAGUCACAGAUGCUUCCAGAGAAGAUGUGGACUGCAGUCACCUACAAAAGAAUAAUGGGAGUCUGUUGAGUCUUAACAUUGUCGAGGCGUUCGGUAAAAAAAAUGGUCUCGAUAUCCACCAGUAUGAGUUUGUCAACCACUUCUGUUAUGAACGUUCUGUACACUGGUAUGGCAAGUACUUCCCUUACCUGGUUGUCAUCCACAGCAUGAUCUUUAUGGUGGCCAGCAGCUUUUGGUUUAAGUUCCCAGGGACGUCUUCUAAGAUCGAGUUGUUUGUAAACAUUUUAGGGAAAUGCUUUGACUCGCCAUGGACCACAAGGGCCAUCAGUGAAGUGUCUGAAGAAAGAAGGGAAGAGACAUUGGUAAUGUGGAGAAAAAAUACAAUGACAAAAUCUGUAACGGACGACGACACAAUUGGUCUGAUCCAAUCUUCUGUCGAGUCCGACUCAAAUCAAAAAUCGCCAGAACUGCAGCCUCCUGUGUCCUUGUUGGAUAAAAAAGAGGGUGAGCAGGCCAAGGCCCUGUUUGAAAAGGUUAAGAAGUUUCGAACGCAUGUUGAAGAGGCAGAUCUUCUUUACCUCAUGUAUGUCCUACAAACUGUACUGAAAGUCUUCAAAUUUCUUCUCAUCACCAUUUAUAGCAUUGCGAUGGUUUCAAACAUUCAGGUUGUUGUGGUGUGCUCGGUGCCUCCAGAUCUGACAGGGUUUGGUUCGUUCUGCUGCAGCUAUAAUAAAGCUCGCCUGUUCUCUAAAUCAGCAUAUUGUUAUAUAUGCUUUGUUUGCGUGUAUGGAUUGUCAUGUGUCUAUUCGCUUUGUUGGCUGUUCUAUCGACCGUUGAAAGAAUACUCGUUUGAGGCUGUUCGCUUGGAGUCGGGAAUCGAUGACAUCCCAGAUGUUAAAAAUGAUUUCGCCUUUCUUCUGCACCUCAGUGACCAGUAUGAUACCCUUUACUCCAAACGAUUCGCAGCCUUCCUCUCGGAAGUGAGCGAGAGCAGGCUGAGACAGGUCAACCUUAACCACGAGUGGACGACAGAUAAACUCCGCACUCGUUUGUUUCGCAAUGCGAGUGAAAGGUUGGAACUCUGCUUGUUUCUGCUACCAGGAUUGCCGGACACCGUCUUUGAAAUUCCGGAAAUUGAAUCGCUUAAGCUGGAACUGAUAAGCAACGUCACGAUCCCUGGGAAUGUAAGACGACUUACAGCCUUGCGUGAGAUUUCGUGUAUCCACACCCCCGCUAAACUUCAGCCAGCUGCCCUCAGUCAUCUGCGUGAGAACCUGAAAGUUCUGCGUCUAACCUUUGAGAGUCAGGACCAAGUGCCGCUGUGGAUGUACACUUUAAAGAACCUGGAGGAGCUUCACCUGAGCGGCCCCUUAAACAACGAGCUCUCUCGGAGUCCGAUCUUGGGCACUUUACGCGAGCUUAAAAAUCUUCGUGUGCUGACGUUAAGUUGUCAGCUGACCAAGACACCUCCCAGUAUUUUAGAUGUUUCUAGCCAGCUGUUGCGACUGUGUGUUCACAAUGAGGGAACCAGGCUUCAAGUUUUCAGCACUCUAAAGAAGUUAGUUAAUCUUGUCGCUCUGGAGCUGAGGGGUUGUAUGCUUGAGCGAAUCCCCAGUGCGGUGUUUAGCCUCUCUCAUCUACAAGAGCUGGACCUAAAAGAGAACAAGCUCACCACCAUAGAGGAAAUUCUGAGUCUGCAGCACUGUUGUCAUCUGAUUACUCUCAAACUCUGGCACAAUGAAAUUUCUUACAUACCUGACCACGUCGGCAAACUCGGCACACUGGAGACGCUGGAUAUUAGCUGGAAUAAGGUCCGCCGACUUCCACCUCGCCUCUGCUACUGCACUAAACUCCAACAUCUGGACCUUUCACACAACCGUCUGACCUCCCUGCCCUCAGAGAUCGGAAUCCUGCAGUCUCUACGGCACCUGUCUGUCGCCUUUAACUCCCUAGAGUCUCUCCCUGAAGAGCUCUUUUCCUGUAAGAGGCUAAAGGUUCUAGCAUUGGGAAAUAACAGCAUUUCUGCGUUGUCCCCGCGGGUUGGGAAUCUUACUCAACUGCUGAGGCUGGAACUGAAAGGGAACAGGCUGGAGUUGUUGCCUGCUGAGAUCGGUGACUGUAUCUCACUGAAACUGUCUGCUCUUAUAGUAGAGGACAGCUUGAUCAACCUGCUGCCUCCUGAUGUGAAAGACAAAAUGAAAAACAGAUCAUUUGAAUCCCAACCCUUAAAUUGUUGAUUACAACCAAUGCUUACUGUAACGCAUCGAUCAAUGUUUGUUCUUUUAAGAAAGACGUCUUUGAAAAAAAAUGCACCUGUUAAUGAGUAGUGAAUGAUGUACACAGAUUACAGCUGCCUUAAGUUACUGUAAGUCUGAUCUGUGGCAGUCAUUCUAUGUACAGUAUGAAGCACUGAACUCUCACCUGACAGACUUGAUAAACUAGAUCAACACUUUUUCACUUUAUAAAUGAAAGGCAAGGCAACGUCCUAUAGUAUCAUGAGUGUUACAAAUUUUGUUCAUUCCUCUCUUAUAGAGUCAGUGUUUUUUCAGCAUACUGACAUCAUCUACUCGUUGACAUUCAUUGAAGCAGAACUGUGCUGGUCCUUCUCUUGGCUUGUAACACCGUAGGUUUCCCUGGGGGGAUUAAACUGCACUGACACUUUUGGAUGAGAACAAACUGAACUGAGUUGGUGUUUACCAGUAAAUAUUCACAUUUAUAAAAAAAACUUAAGGUCAGAUUUUAAAGGUUUUAAAGUGGUAUAUGGGAUAUAGAUUAAAGCCUGAUAAAGAUUUUUUUUUAAAGAUGAAGACACGGAAAAGUGAAUCAGGUAAAUUCAGAAAAGGUCUGUUUUCAGUUUUUUCUUGAAGAUUGUGGUGGCCUCUGCAGUUCAGGUGGAAGCUGACAGUUUGUUGUAGCAGAGAGGAACAGAAUGGGUCAACGUUGAGAGAUUUGGUUCUUCGUUGAGAUGGAACAACAAGGCAUUGCUCAAUUCAGGCGCGGCUCGUCUGUAUGGGCAAGUGGGGCACUCCCUCACCAAAAUAUUAAUCCACUUGAAAAUAUAGAACUCUAUAUAAACUUAAUUAAAUCUGACUGUUAACUAGUAAAUAUGUAUAAUAUUUUUCAACAAAUUUCUUUAGAGUUUCUAGACUUUUUGAAGUGGUAAAGUGAGAUGAAUAUGUUUGGAAAUUGAGUGCACAGCUUAGUUGGCUACUGUAUGUAAGUGCGAGCUGUGGGGCUGAGGCUGUCUCUGCCCUCCCGUGCUCAGCAGCGCCCCACAUUUAUCACAUAAAUUUGUUAUGAAAAAUGGAAAUGCGGCAAGUCCUAAUAGAGAGCCAUAUGGGCAGAUUUGAAUCUGCCCCUCCAGCUUUUACGUUACAUGAACAUAGUUCUGGACAAUGCUAUGUCAUUUUGUGAAACAAAGUACAUGUCUUGCGUGUACGGCUGAUCCUGAUUCAGGUUGUGAUCAUUUCGAGUGUUUCAAAUCAACCCGAUUGUAAUAGUGUAGAGUUUUUAUUACAUAAUUUGUUUCAAAGAUUGUCAGUUAAUGAGAAAAUGUACAUUAAACAUCUUUGGCCUGACAAGCCAGAUAUAAAAAUUGUGCAAACAGCUAAAAGAUCAAUGGUACGUCAUUCAAUAGGGCAUUAUAAAGGUUGUGAGAUGACAAAGAUAUUAGUACUAAACAGAAUAAAGUGUUUUAUUUACCAUGCUUACUUUCAUUUUUCAAGUUCUUAGCUAAAAGAGGUUAAAACCAAAUAAUCAACAUUAUAGAGCGUACACACCAAACGCAAUUUCAAUGAUUUGCACAAGUGGAUUACAUAUAAAGUAAAUGCAAAGACGGGAAUAAACGCAAACUUGUGUGGGGAAAACGCGCUAUCCGCCUCAAACACAUUUUUACGCAAGUUAAAAAUAUUGAGAUCAGGAGGGGUGUGACGUGGAGUGAGAUCAGGAGGGUGUGAUGUGGAAUGAGAACAAGAAGGUUGUGACAGAGUGAGAUCAGAAAGGGUGUGACAGAGUGAGAUCAAGAGGGAUGUGACAGAGUGAGAUCAGGGGUGUGUGAUGGAGUGAAAUCAAGAGGGGUGUGACAUGGAGUGAGAUCAGGAGGAUUGUGACGUGGGGUGAGAUCAGGAGGGGUGUGAUGUGGAAUGAGAUCAUGAAGGUUGUGACAGAGUGAGAUCAGAAGGGGUGUGACAGAGUGAGAUCAAGAGUGAGAUCAAGAGGGGUGUGGCAAAGUGAGAUCGGGGGGGUGACGUGGAGUGAGAUCAGUAGGGUGUGACAAAGGGAGAUCAGGAGGGGUGUGACGGAGUGAGAUCGGGGGUGUGACGGAGUGAGAUCAGGAGUGGUGUGAUGUGGAAUGAGAUCAGGAGGGGUGUGGCGUGGACUAAGGGCGCACUCACAUUAUCCAAACCAAACCAUGCCCCAGCGCGAUUGUCACCCCUCCCUACUCCCCCAGGUGCACGCACUCACACUGUACUUCUUAUCGAUCCGAGUCCGGGCACGCUUUCGUCAUUAAGAUGCGAUUGUUUUGAAAAAAGCAGGAAGUAAAGCGCUCUCUUAACACUGGAACCCACCGUAAUGAAAAGUCUGUGUUUUUUAUUCUGAGUCAUUUGGUGCGCGAUUACAGACAGCCCUCUUACAUGUCAUCAUAUUGCUUAGUUGAUCUGUCACGUGUGCAGUUCGGAUAUUCACGUUACCCCGCUGCUCGCAGCAAAAGGUAUUUACGGAGGCAGAUGAACGUGAGUGGUCGCGCAACUGACGUCUUCACCUUUUGAAUCGCGCUCAGGCGCGAUUGCGCUCACACCACAGCCUUCCGCGCCUGAGCCCAAGUGAACCGCGCUCCGGCCCACCUCUGCAACCCGGCCGCGGCGCGAUUAAACAAUCCGCGCCCGGGCACGGAACAGAGCGAUCACACUAGUAAAACCAGGCUUUGGGGGUCAAACGCGCCCGAGCGCGGUUUGGUUUGGAUAGUGUGAGUGCGCCCUAAGAUACAGAGGGGUAUGACAGAGUGAGAUCAGGAGGGGUGUGACAGAGUGAGAUCAGAAGGAUUGUGAUGUGGAGUGAGAUCAGGAGAAAAGGAAAGGUCUGAUAACUCUAACCUUAACCCAUGCUGACACAGGGAGAACAUACAAACUCUUAUUGAACAUACCAGUCUUUAAAUGGUGAGCCUCCCAUCUGGAGUAUGUAUGUAGACUUUGUUCUGUGUUCUUAUAGUAGAGCUCAGUUGUUGGCAAGGUUAAUCUUGAAGAUUGGUUGAACUUCUACAGUAUAUGUUGUUAACCUCUAAGAGAAGAGUCUCUGGGUUUUCUUCACUAUACACCACUGGAGAUUUGGUUUCUUGUCACUGUCACCUUUUUAUUGCUCACUGGGAAUACUGUGUAUUUAGACACAUGUACCUUGAUAUUAUCGCUCUAAAUAUUCUCUCCAAUUGAAGUUCUAUAGACAAAUAUUUUUAUGAAGUUUAAAGAACUAAGUUCAAAAGGAACAUGGUCAUGUGGUUCAACCAAUCAGUGCGAAGAGGUGUCUAUAAAGAGCCAUCCCUCACCUGUCCUGUGACAGUCUUUUCCCAUCACCUCACUCUCAGCUAGUUCAUCUAUCCAAGUUAAAGAUGGGGGAGUACUCUGGGUUCAGGCUAAAAUUAUGAGCUCGGAGCCCUCCACUCAGACAGCACGCCAAUGCCAAAUAUGCUUUAUCUCAUCCCCUAUCGAUUACACGUUAAUGCGAACUCGUGAAACACAAUAAUGUUGUCAUGGUAUGUAUUGUAUAAUUGUGCCAUUUAUUAUUCUUUUUGGGCCUAUUUCCUUGUCAGAUGGAAUGGCACGCCUGGUUUAUUAUGAUACCAUGGUAGUCAUCGGUCAUGCUAAUUUACUAGCUGUUUCAGUCUUUGAACAAAUAUAUAUGUUCUUAGCAGGCUAUCUUGAUACAUUGUCUUCUCGUAAACUAAAGCAUUGAGGUAUGGUUUUAAAUUUUCUCAUCAAUUCAUUCAUCUUUCUAUUGAUUUUUACUGAUCUGGUUGAUGUUUUGACAUUUUUUUGACACUUGGCAUGUAUGGAUUUGCCUGUUUAGCUUUUACAUGACAUUAUAUAAAGACACAUGCAAUAAUACUGUUUUUUACUUUUUUUCUUUACCUAUGUUUUGUGUUAUUUCUUAUUUCUAUACAUUAUUUGUCUUGUCACUUACUCUUUUGUAUUUACUGUAAAGCUACUUUCAAACAUGCAAAUUGUAUACUAUUGAAAUAAAUAUGAAUUUAUGUGAAAGCUUUUUAACCAGGUGUAGAGCAAACACUACAGACAUCACUGAUUAUAAUGAGGUUCUGAAAGUCUCAGUAUCAUCACUGCU